UACCCAACCCCACCUUACGUUUCUUUAUAUAUUUUCUUCUUCCAAAGUCACUUUUUUCCUUAACUUUUUCUCUCCACCCAAACGAAGCGUUUCGCAGAAGGUUCUUCCUUAUCCAUUUUUAGGGUUCCAAUUCUCCAUCGAAACCCUUAAUCAGGAUCAGGUCUGAAUAGUUUGUUUGGUUGGAUCUUCUGCUUCGGAGAGCCAAAUUUCAUGUCUGAACUAGACGCAGCUAUUCCUACUGCCUUUGAUCCUUUUGCUGAGGCAAAUGCUGAGGACUCUGGUGCUGGGUCAUCAAAGGAGUACGUGCAUAUUCGUAUACAACAGCGGAAUGGUAGGAAAAGUUUGACAACUGUCCAAGGAUUGAAGAAGGAGUUCAGCUAUAACAAGAUUCUUAAAGACCUUAAGAAGGAGUUCUGCUGCAAUGGUACAGUUGUUCAGGAUCCAGAACUAGGACAGGUUAUUCAACUUCAAGGUGAUCAAAGGAAGAAUGUAUCUACCUUCCUAGUCCAGGAUGGAGACAAUUUUUUUUUAUUCAAUUUCCCCCCCACUUGUGGACAUGAACAGGCUGGUAUCGUGAAGAAGGAGCAUAUUAAGAUUCAUGGUUUCUGAGCUGCUGGGAACAAAAGAGUUAAGUGGUAUCUAGCUCACUUCGAGUUGAGCAUAUAUGUGAUUGUGGUAUUUCUUGUGUUCUGGUUUUAACAUUUGUAAUGUGGGAUAUGACAUUAUGUGCUAUCUCCUGCAAUAACAUGUAUCAAAGCACUUUGUCAGAGUUAAAUACAACUUCAUUUCGCUUA